AUGUGUAAAUUCACUAUUGCUAUCAAUUCGGGAAUAAAGAUAUCAGGUAAUGAGUAUGGUAAUACGGAUACAGUAUUGCAUGUUGUCAUAUGUCAUGAGUAUGGAAAUACGGAUACAGUAUUGCAUGUUGUCAUACAAGGUAUUGGUAAUGAGUAUGGUAAUACGGAUACAGUAUUGCAUGUUGCCAUAUUAGGUAUUGGUAAUGAGUAUGGUAAUACGGAUACAGUAUUGCAUGUUGUCAUACAAGGUAUUGGUAAUGAGUAUGGUAUUGGUCAUGAGUAUGGUAAUACGGAUACAGUAUUGCAUGUUGUCAUACAAGGUAUUGGUAAUGAGUAUGGUAAUACGGAUACAGUAUUGCAUGUUGUCAUACAAGGUAUUGGUAAUGAGUAUGGUAAUACGGUAUUGCAUGUUGCCAUAUUAGGUAUUGGUAUUGGUAAUGAGUAUGGUAAUACGGAUACAGUAUUGCAUGUUGCCAUAUUACGUAUUGGUAAUGAGUAUGGUAAUACGGAUACAGUAUUGCAUGUUGCCAUAUUAGGUAUUGGUAAUGAGUAUGGUAAUACGGAUACAGUAUUGCAUGUUGUCAUACAAGGCAUUGGUAAUGAGUAUGGUAAUAUGGAUACAGUAUUGCAUGUUGCCAUAUUAGGUAUUGGUAAUGAGUAUGGUGAUACGGAUACAGUAUUGCAUGUUGUCAUACAAGGUAUUGGUAAUGAGUAUGGUAAUACGGAUACAGUAUUGCAUGUUGCCAUACAAUGUAUUGGUAAUGAGUAUUGUAAUACGGACACAGUAUUGCAUGUUGUCAUAAAAGGUAUUGGUAAUGAGUAUGGUAAUACAGACACAGUAUUGCAUGUUGUCAUACAAGGUAUUGGUAAUGAGUAUUGUAAUACGGAUACAGUAUUGCAUGUUGCCAUACAAUGUAUUGGUAAUGAUUAUGGUAAUACGGUAUUGCAUGUUGCCAUAUUAGGUAUUGGUAAUGAGUAUUGUAAGACGGAUACAGUAUUGCAUGUUGUCAUACAAGGUAUUGGUAAUGAGUAUGGUAAUACGAUAUUGCAUGUUGCCAUAUUAGGUAUUGGUAAUGAGUAUUGUAAUACGGAUACAGUAUUGCAUGUUGCCAUAUUAGGUAUUGGUAAUGAGUAUGGUAAUACGGAUACAGUAUUGCAUGUUGCCAUAUUAGGUAUUGGUAAUGAGUAUGGUAAUACGGAUACAGUAUUGCAUGUUGCCAUACAAUGUAUUGGUAAUGAGUAUGGUAAUACGGACACAGUAUUGCAUGUUGCCAUACAAUGUAUUGGUAAUGAGUAUGGUAAUACGGAUACAGUAUUGCAUGUUGCCAUAUUAGGUAUUGGUAAUGAGUAUGGUAAUACGGAUACAGUAUUGCAUGUUGCCAUAUUAGGUAUUGGUAAUGAGUAUGGUAAUACGGAUACAGUAUUGCAUGUUGCCAUAUUAGGUAUUGGUAAUGAGUAUGGUAAUACGGAUACAGUAUUGCAUGUUGUCAUAAAAGGUAUUGGUAAUGAUUAUGGUAAUACAGUAUUGCAUGUUGCCAUAUUAGGUAUUGGUAAUGAGUAUGGUAAUACGGAUACAGUAUUGCAUGUUGUCAUAAAAGGUAUUGAUAAUGAGUAUGGUAAUACGGAUACAGUAUUGCAUGUUGUCAUAUACAAGGUAUUGGUAAUUAAUGAGCACCUUAAAUAA